AUGGACUUUUCUCGGCUCCACUUGUACACCCCUCCUCAGUGUGUGCCAGAAAACACUGGCUAUACAUAUGCACUCAGUUCUAGCUACUCUUCGGAAGCUCUGGAUUUUGAAACUGAACACAGGCUGGAUCCCGUCUUUGACUCUCCAAGAAUGUCUCGCCGGAGUCUGCGUCUGGUCACCCCAGCACUCCCCUCAGGGGAUGGCCAGGAUGCUGAGGGCCUCACCUGUGCCCAGAGCUCCUCCUCUGUGAAGGAAAGGGUGUCCAGAUCAGUAAGACAGCGCAGAAGUGCAGGAAAACCAACGAUCAGUUUAAAUCACAUGUCCAGAAAAGCCGGGUCUUCAGUGGUCAGCCGGGGUGGCUGCCGCAGCCUGCAGGAAGAAGUGGCCCUCCGGCCCCCUGUGCUGGACGCAUCUCUGAUCCGGGAGCAGACAAAGGUGGACCACUUCUGGGGUCUCGACGAUGACAGUGACCUCAAAGGUGGGAUUAAAGCUGCCUCUCAGGGCAAUGGUGACCUCACUGCUGCGGUGGACACUGCCCCCGUCAACGGCUACACCUGCAGUGACUGCAGCCUGCUCGCAUCACGCAAGGACGUCCUCACCACGGGCCCCUCCGCCCUCAGGCCCACCUCCUGGAUCUACUCCCGGGACAGGAGUCAGAAGUGCGGUGCGUCUUACUACGUGACUAGGAUCUUGUGGCUGGCCAAACGCACCUCGUCGUCUUUCUCCUCGUUCUUGAUUCAGCUUUUCCAAGUGGUUCUGAUGAAGCUCAAUUGCGAGUCAGAGAAUUACAGACUGAAACUUUACAAGUCAAAAGACUGUGAGUCAAAAAGCUAUGAAUCCAAAGCUCUGUCUGGGCUGGCCGGGGGAGUGGAGGUGACGGAGCUGCUAAGGAAGGAUGUGCACCUUGGCGUGGAUGGGCAACCCAUGUGGAAGGUGGCCUCGGGGGUCUUCUGGUGGCUGGGGUCUGGAUGGUACCAGUUUGUCACUCUCAUAUCUUGGCUGAACGUCUUUCUUCUUACAAGGUGCCUUCGGAAUGUUUGCAAGGUUUCCAUCCUGCUCCUCCCACUGCUCCUCUUACUUGGUGAUCUGGCGUUGUGGGGCCAGGGUGGAUUCCAUUCACUUCUGCCUGUGCUCAACUGGACGAGCGUGUUCCAGAUGCAGAGGGUAGAUGACCCCAAGAGUGUGCUCCCGCCAGAGGCUUCUCGCCUGUACCCCCUGCCCGAGGGCGAUGGUGGAGAUGCUUGGCACUGGCCCAAACUGAGUGACGUGGAACAGCAAGUGAUGGAGUUGACCGGGAGGUGUCGGCUCCAGGACGAGAAGCUCCGAGAGCUGACACUGUUGCUGCAGAGCCUGCAGGCCCGUGCGGACCAGGCAGACACUGACCGGGAUGGGGUGCUGUCGCUCGCCGCCCUAACGACCUUCCACCAGAAUUACGAGCUACGGAUCUCACACCUGGAAGAUGUGAUUGGAAAGCUGACAGAAAGAUCUGAGGCCAUGCGCAAGGAGCUGGAGGAGUCCCAGCAAGGGACAGCCAGGACGACCGACGAGCAGCACCUGCUGUCCAUGGUCCAGCAGCUGGAGCUUCAGCUGGAGCAGCUCAAGUCAGAGCUGGCUAGCUGGGGGCAGGUGCAGACCAGCUGUGAGCGUGCGGACAGCAUCCACGAGCAGGUGGACACCCAGAUCCGAGAGACAGUCAGACUCCUGUUCUCCGAGCAGCUGCAUGGCGCCCCCGACUGGCUGCUCCAGACACUGUCCGCUCAGUUUGUUGGCAAGGAUGAGCUGCAGGCCCUGCUGCGGGACCUGGAGCUGCAGAUUCUCAGGAACGUCACCCACCACCUUGCUGUGACGCACCAGGCACCCACGUCCGAGGCGGUGGCGUCCGCUGUGCACCAGGCAGGCGUCCCUGGGAUCACCGAGGCGCAAGCACGCGUCAUUGUGAACAAUGCCCUGAAGCUGUACUCUCAGGACAAGACUGGCAUGGUGGACUUUGCCCUCGAGUCUGGUGGCGGCAGCAUUCUCAGCACGCGCUGCUCAGAGACCUACGAGACCAAGACGGCCCUCCUCAGCCUCUUCGGGAUCCCGUUGUGGUACUUCUCCCAGUCUCCGCGGGUCGUGAUUCAGCCUGACAUCUACCCUGGAAACUGCUGGGCGUUCCGUGGCUCCCAGGGCUACCUGGUGGUACGGCUGUCAAUGAUCAUCUACCCAGAAACCUUCACCUUGGAGCACAUCCCAAAGACACUGUCGCCGACCGGCAACAUCACCAGUGCCCCAAAGGACUUCGCCGUCUAUGGACUGGAAAAUGAGCAUCAGGAAGAAGGGCUGCUUCUGGGACAGUUUACAUAUGAUCAGGAUGGAGAGUCCCUCCAGAUGUUCCAUACGCUGACACGACCAGAGAAAGCGUUUCAGAUUGUGGAGCUUCGGAUCUUCUCCAACUGGGGCCACCCAGAAUACACAUGUCUGUACCGCUUCAGAGUCCACGGAGAGCCCAUCAAGUAG